AUGUCCACAACUGAUUCUCUUGUUUUCGAUUUUCAAGAAAUCAUUCCUUCGCCGAUUAAUUUUGGAAAUUCUAAAUGUAGCAAACGGGAAACAAUAGCAGGGAAUAUUCUGCUGAACAAACAUAAUGACAAUAUUCCACUUAAACCCUCAGAGUUCAUAUACAAAAUGUCACUGUCAUCUGAAGAUUUAUAUAAGCAGUUAAUAUAUGGUCAUGUACCUGAAACACUUGCACUUCAUGAUAUGUCUCUGAUUGGAGAUCAAAAGAUCACUUCAUUUCCCGUUGAUCGUCCACUAUUUCAACCUUUCCCUUCUGAGCUCGUAUUUCAGCGUUUCGAACCGGGAAGAUCAUAUGAAUUGCCUCUACUACUUCGCAACAUGGAUAAGGUCUCAAGAACAGCCCAUCUCAUACAAAAUGAUACACCAUAUUUUAAAAUCAAACGUCUGGGUGCACAUGGGUCUAAAGUCGCUGCAGGUUUAUCUCUUUCUUAUUCUGUCGUCUUCACUCCAGAUGCACACCAAGAUUAUCACCAUGAUCUUAUGUGUGUGACAGACAGAGAAUUAUUUUCUAUACCGGUAUUUUGUAUUGGUCCAAGGGCUGUUCUUGAUUUACCUGACGAAGUUGAUUUCGGAGAAGUUCCAGUUAAAAAGCUGAGUAAAAGAGUGCUUGGAAUAAGAAACAUUGGGGAUGGUGUAGCCUUGGUGAAAAUUGAUAUCAUGAAGUAA